AUGGGUCCGUGGUGGGAUACCGCCAGGAUUGAUGCUACCGUCACGAGGCAGUUCGUCUGCCAGUACCUGCUGCCCGAGGAGAUCGAGCGCUUAGACAGACCACUGGCCUUUGGCGACGGCUUAACGGACGAAACAUAUUGGGAUUGGAUCAACCAUAAAGCCAAGCGCAUCUUCUUAAUCCUUGUCGACCUCAAGAUCCCAGAUCAGAUCUUCGGCAUCAUCGACGACUCCUGGGAUGACCACGACUUACCCAUCUCCUCCGAACAUGUCGAGCGCCUCAGAUUGACGGCUGUUAAGGACGACAAGAUUGAGCGCAAGUUCUUCAGCCGCCAAUUUGUCUACUUGCUCAAGCCCUUCCAACGGGGCGACCACAUCGCUUUCAGUGAGUAUGAACUUGUUCCUCUCGAGGUCAUCGAGCGCCGGCCGGCGAGCAACAACGCAGUCGAUAAGGUUGUCUUGCCCAACUGUCCUGGCUUAGUCUUUUACCGCCGGCGCAUCCCUUUGGGUAACGGCGCUGGCCAGCUUUCGCGGAGCGAGUUUGUGGAAAUCAUCAACAGUAUCAAGGGCAUCCAGAACGACCACUUGGUCUCUUACUACUCAUCAUAUACCCAACUCGGAGCGGCAUACGCCCUGUUCACGCCCGCAACCGACUCCAACCUGAAGUCUUUCUUCGGGAAUACCCCGUCCAACUUCAAAAAUAUUCCCAAGCGAGAGAGGAGACGCACCGUCAUGAACUGGAUUCUUUGCCUUGCCGAUACUCUUGCGUACCUCCACAGCAGGCGACUUUGCCAUGGCAACAUCAAACCAUCGACGAUUCUCUUCACAAACCAACUCCACAUCUUCUACUCCGACUUCACGAGACUAAACGCCGAGGUGCUCGCCGGCUAUACGGACAAGAAUUCGUUCGACCGGGAGUCGUACGACUACGCGGCUCCUGAGCAGUGGUUUCGUCCCACAGGCGGUCCGACGAGUCCCUUAGGUCGUGGGGCAGCCUUUGCCGUGUCGACGUCCCCAGAGACACACACCAACUUCUCCAUCCCACGGAGUGAUAACCCAAGCAGCCCGAAUGCGAUGCUGAACAUGCCGAAUCCACACCUGAACCCGCAGGCGGCCGACAUCUUCUCUCUCGGCUGCGUCAUCUUGGACUUGAUGAGCUUCCUUGUCAAGAAGACAACAAAGAGUUUCUCGGCACAUCGUGCUGCCAAGCACAAGACUCCGGGACGCGGGGGCGCGGUACUGGACUCGUCAUUUCACAAGAACCUCGGCCAGGUCGAAUCUUGGAUGUCGACGUUGGCGAAGGAGGCGUCGAAGAAGGUCUCCGCAUCCGACGGUGGUUAUGUGUUCCGAGGCAUCGUGCCUUUGAUGCACAUCGUCGCCCGCAUGCUAUCCGCAAACCCCAUUGAUCGUCCCUCCGCGGCCGAGGUGCAGACCCAGGUCUACCAGAUCCUGACGAAAUACUGCGACAUAACAGAACCUCACUGCGUACACCAGUACGGCGGCUGGGACUUUGGCAUGUCACACCUGCGCAUACAGGCCGUGAGUCCCAACGCCGAGCUCAUGCCCCAGCCGAUUCGGCAUAGCUCAAUGUCCCAGCCGCCAAGGCGUGGUAGCGAAAGCCUGAGCGGAAGCAUCAGCCCGAGAGGGCUAUCCCAUUCGAGGACGAGCAGUAGCGGCGGCAUGUCGAACAACAGCGGGAUCAGCAGUGCGGCCAGCAGCGAGCGAGACCAAGAACGGGAUGUUGGGGCUGGGUUCACAGCCCUCCGGAAUAUCCGUGUACCUCCGGUGCGGUCUCCAGCGCCGUGGGAGUCGGGCCCCGCUGUUCAAAGCGGACGCGGCGACCAAGCUCCGGUUUAUUGA